AAAAGUUUACUUAUCACCAAACCUCCAUCCCCACGUCCCAGGUGCAACAGUCCCUACAGGCUGCUGGGCUUGUCGGUGACCUUGAUGCCGACUCUGGACUGACCCUCAGCAGGAGAGUCCGCCGGGCCCAGCUUGCCCACUAUAAUUUUCAGUUUGUGGUCGGCCAGAGAGAGCAGAGUAAGAGAACAGUGAACAUUCGCACUCGAGACAACCGACAGCUCGGGGAGCGAGGCUUGGCCGAGUCUGUGCAGAGGCUGCUGGAGUUACAGGACGCCCGGGUCCCCAAUGCGGAAGAAAUGUUCUGAGUUUUGUUCCCUGGUGAGGCAUAGACUCCUGAGAGCCCCUUAUCAUGGGAGAUCCCAGCCCGGCUGGCAGCCAGAACGUCCCUGACUCUUGAGAACUGCCUGGUUUGGAGGGCCCUGCACAGCAAAGAAUGAUGUGCUGCUUGCAUGGGGGGAGAAUAAAAAUAAACUUGAAGCCGAGGCUGUGUCUUCAUCUGAUCUGGUGGGAAGGGUCUGUGUUGUCUUCCUGCUGCUCCAGACCUGAGGAAAAGAGAUACUGAGGCCUGAGCAGCUGGGGAAGUGUCUCAGGCAGCCAUUCCCAGUCCCAUUCCGAGGCUGUCAGACCCCUUCCCGACAAAGACAGUUUACAGAUGGAAAACCGAGGCGCAGAUUACGGAUUUGGAUAUCAAGUUGCUCUGUGAUUGUCUGCGUCAGCUUUGGGGUCCUGUGAGGGCUCCCUCCCAUCACCUCCAUUAUUCCCAGUCUUGUAAGGAGGCUCCAGGAUGACUUUGAGAGGAGUGGCUGUGAGAGGAGGAGCAGCUGGGCCUGAGUCACGGCAGGAAACAGGAGGGCGGGAGAUAGCAUAUAAAAAGACAGCAGGCCCUGGAGUACACGGCAGCAGUAGCAGCAGCUGGCAGCAAGUGGCUCAGACCUCCACGUCCAGAUCUACCUGGGACAACCAGCUUCUGAGUGGCCAGUGACCAGUUCUUGCCCCAGGAUGGGGACCUUAUCCAGAGCAGCCUUGAUCUUGGCCUGCUUGGCCCUUGCUUCUGCUGCCUCUGAGGGAGCCUUCAAGCCUUCAGAGCAAAAAGAGAUGAAGCCAGAGAACCUGUUUCUGCACCUUCAUGAAGUUGGCUAUGCAGCCCCUCCUUCCCCAUCACAAACCCGGAGACUCCGAGUGGACCACUUUGAAACUUCUCAGCCCGACCCUCUCUUUGAGGAACAGAGGGAAGUGCAGCCCCCUUCUCCAGAAGCCAUCCCUGUCCAGGAAGAGUGGCCCACUCUCCCAAGGUCAGGAGAGAAUAUAGUCGGUCGUCCUGUCCCUCAAGAAGCCAUCCCCCUACAGGAAGAGCAGCCCCCUCUCCAAGUUCCUAUUGAGCAGAAGGAAAUAGAGCCAUAUGCCCAGCAUCAGGAGGAGAUGCUCCAGUCCAGGCAGACAGAGGAGAAGCCCUUCGUGGGCCAGCGCGCCCCAGAACCCCAGCCUUCGAACCCGGUGCAGCACUGCCAACAGGGCCGGAGAGGAGGCUGGGGCCACCGGCUGGAUGGCUUCCCUCCUGGACGGCCUUCUCCAGACAAUCUCAACCAGAUCUGCCUUCCUGAGCGCCAGCAUGUGGUGUAUGGCCCCUGGAACCUGCCGCAGACUGGCUACUCCCACCUUAGUCGCCAGGGAGAGUCCCUCAAUUUGCUGGAGACUGGGUAUUCCCGCUGUUGCCGCUGCCGCAACCCCACAAACCGCCUAGACUGCGCGAAGCUUGUGUGGGAGGACACAAUGACCAGGUUCUGUGAGGCUGAGUUCUCUGUCAAGACCCGACCUCACCGGUGCUGCAGACAGCGGGGGGAGGAGCGAUUCUCUUGCUUCCAAGAGGAAGCGCCGCGGCCACACUACCAGUUCCAGCCCUGCCCCAUCCACCAAACUGGCAUGUCCUCAGGGCCCCAGGUGCCUUUCCCCCCGGGGUUGCCCACUCCGGACAAUGUCAAAAACAUCUGUCUCCUGAGACGCUUCCGCUCUGUGCCACGCAACCUCCUAGCUACUGACCCCAUCCAGAGGCAGCUGCAGGCUCUGACCCGGCUGGAGAUGGAGUUCCAGCGCUGCUGCCGCCAGGGCCACAACCACACCUGCACAUGGAAGGCCUGGGAGGACACCCUGGAUGAAUACUGUGAUCGGGAACUGGCUAUAAAGACCCAUCCCCACUCCUGUUGCCACUACCCUCCUAGCCCUGCCCGGGACGAAUGCUUCGCCCAGCGGGCUCCCUACCCCAACUAUGACCGGGAUCUCUUGACCCUUGACCUCAGCCGAGUCACCCCUAACCUCAUGGGCCAUCUCUGUGGAAACGGAAGAGUUCUCACCAAGCACAAACAGAUUCCUGGGCUGAUCCAGAACAUGACUGUCCGCUGCUGUGACCUGCCCUUUCCAGAACAGGCCUGCUGCGGUGAAGAUGAGAAACUAGCCUUCGUCGAGAAUCUCUGUGGUCCCCGAAGGAACUCCUGGAAAGAUCCUGCCCUCUGCUGUAACCUGUCUCCUGGGGAUGAGCAAGCCAACUGCUUCAAUGUCAACUAUCUGAGAAAUGUGGCCUUAGUGUCCGGAGACACUAGGGAUGCCACCAGCCAGGGGGAGCAGGGCCCAACUGGAGGAACAAAUGUCCACCCCACCCCUGGGUCCAAGGAAGAAAAAUGAGUCACCCUGAGCCUCGGAGGAUUAGAUGGGGAACCCCACCCUACUCCACCCUCCUUGAACACUCAUUACAAUAAAUGCCUCUUGGAUUUGG